GUUUGAAUUUGGCAUUUAGCAAUGGAGCUUCAUUCAAAAUACCAGGUUGGCCUUGCUUGCGUGCUGCUGCUCCUGCCUGCACUAUGUUUAUCACAAGGCUUCACAGACUCCAGAGCCACCUAUUAUAGUACCCCAGAUGGUUAUGGAACUCCAAGUGGAGCUUGUGGAUAUGGAGAUUACGGCAGAACUGUGAACUAUGGGAUGGUUGCAGGCGUGUCUGGCUUAUGGAGAGGCGGCGCUGGAUGCGGCGCUUGCUACCAAGUAAGGUGUAAGAACUCGAGAUUAUGCGAUAGCUACGGCACGAUGGUAGUGGCCACAGACUACGGUGCCGGAGACAGAACAGACUUCAUUAUGAGUCCAAAUGGUUUCUCAAAACUGGGACGAAACCCUAGCGCAUCGGCGGAGCUCAAGAAAUACGGCGUCGUUGACAUUGAAUACAGGAGGGUGCCCUGCACAUAUGCUGGCUACAACGUGAAGAUCAAGAUCCACGAGUCCAGCAGAUACCCAGACUAUCUUGCUCUUGUCAUUCUGUACGUGCCCGGAAUGAAAGACGUCACCGCCGUUGAGAUUUAUGACAGUUAUCGCCAUGAGUGGAAGCCAAUGAGAAGAGCGUACGGGGCAGUGUUUGAUAUAGUUGGCGCACCACGCGGACCAUUGAUGCUGAGGUUGCAAUUCAGUGGAAGAACAGGUUGGGUACAAUCUACCAAGAGUGCCAUUCCUGCAGAUUGGAAGAUUGGAACUUCUUAUGAUUCUCAAGUUCGUGUCUAAAAUGGAUAUAUGAGGAGGAUGCCACCUAAACUGUGUGGCUCCACGCAUGCAUGCAAGCUGUUUGUCGUCGUGUUUCGUAAAAGAAAUAAAUAAAUAUGUCUGCUGGAAUGAAUAAAUAAUAGGGGAUUUAUGUAUUAUAUUUUCCAUUAUUUGUGAUGGACUUAAUAUAUGAAUAAAACCUCUUCGUUGGCCCAAAAAAAAAGCACCAUGGAUUCA